AUGGAACAGUAUUUAAAAGACAGCCCUACUGAGUUCCCGUCUUUUGAAGACAAAACAAAUCAAAGAGACUUGAGCUUUCUCGAGGAAAACAUAGAUAAUUUGCCAGACUUGGUUUACAAUCCAUUAGAAUUGAAUAAAAAUCAAACACAACUCGAUAACAAUGCCAACAUUGAAGAAAAUUUGCCAAAUGAGAAUUUUCUCAACCUAGAUUUGAACAGAGUAGAUAGUGCAGCUAACAUUGAAAACCAAAACUACACAAGUAGGGUGGAGCAAAAUACAGCAGAUUACAAUGAUUUCAAUUUUAACACAAAUUCAUCAGUUUUGGGUUACAAUUCAAACACGCAAAUGUCAAGUAAUGACUAUUUGAGUCCGAUAGGAUUUACAUAUAGCCAGCCCCAACCACAACCUCCACAGCAGCAGCAGCAGCAACAACAACUGCAACAACAACAACAACAAAAAUCUCAAUCUCAAUCUCAACCUCAAUCUCGAGCCAAUCUGCAGCAAUAUGUACUAGAGACAGAUGCGUUCUCUGGGACAAACCCUGGUUCUUUUACUAGCGAACCAUUUAUCGAUGAAAUGGCAUUUUCGCAGGCAAUAUUGGGUCCUCAAUUAAGUAUACCACAAUACGAACAUAAUUAUAGUAACUCUCCGCAUUGUGAAAGCUCAUCGCCCCAGCCUUUAUCACCACAACUUCAGCAUUCACACCCCCUUGCGAACUCCAUACCCAAAUCUUCAAAUCUUGAUGAACUAAUUUCUCCCGGCAAAAAUUACGAAGAGAGCUCAUUUUUGAGUCCGCAGUACUUUUCGCCACCCAAUAAAUCAGGCAACCACUUCAAUUCGUUACGAUCGAUUGCAGAAGAUGCUUAUGAUCAAAACCUGAAUGCUGACGUUUUUAGCCCUGAGUUAUCACGACACGGAAGUAUAAGCGGUCCGUCGUAUUCUGGCGGCAAGCAAAUUCCCCUUCCUGGUUCAUAUUUAUCACCUCAGCUAGAUCCGCAGUCAUAUGUUUCUCCAGAUUUUAACAGUGGGUCUUACUUGAAUUCUCCGCCACAAUAUAAUAGCCGAAGUAACAAGCCGAAUUUGGAUAACAGUACCCUACCGAAUAUGAGCACAUCUAUACCGAACCACGGAAUAAAGCAGGAAAAUUGGGGAGCACUAUCUCCUCCACCAUCUCAGUCAUCUAAUUUGAGUAGCUCUAUGCCUGGGUCUUCAAAGCAAAUAGUGAUACCAAAUGCGUCAAAAGAGUCUCAAUUAUCGGUACCCACGAAACAACUUUCAAGAGACGAGAAAUUGAAAAGGCGCAGAGAAUUUCAUAAUGCAGUAGAAAGACGAAGACGUGAUUUAAUAAAAGAGCGAAUAAAAGAAUUGGGGAUGAUUGUACCUCCUUCUUUAUUGAAUCCGCAGCUCUGUGCUGUGCAGACGUUGCAGAGGAAAAACACACUAGACUUUAAUGAUUUAAGUGAUUUGAUUGGGUCAAUUAAAGUGAAAGAAACUAAGCCUAACAAAUCGACUAUUUUGAACAAGUCUGUCGUUUAUAUGAAUCACUUAAAUUAUGUAUUAAAGCAGCAAGAAAUUACCAGGAAUGAGUUAACGCGUCAAAUUAAACUAUUGGAGAAAGAAUUGAGCUGA